AUGUCAGACACCCUUUCUGAUGCGGAAAAGAUCCGCAACAAGCGCCUUGCAAAGCUUCAGACACCAGCUGCGCCCGCCGGGUCAUCGGCCGCUGAUUCUUCCAACUCACCCCCCUCCUCCUCAACUCCAUCCAGAGCACAGUCUCCAGCACCGUCAACCCAGCUCAAUGGUGCUGCUCCAGAGGCUCCAGCGGCUUCGGCUGCGGUGCCAGAAUCACAACUACCAGAAGGCAAGCGGAUCAAGAUCACUCCCACUGCGUCAGCGGAAGCUCUGGGACCGUCUCAACCUGCCGGUCAGUCGCCUUCUGGCACUGCCUCUCCCGCAAGAAUAAACUCUCCCGCACGAGUCGACUCGCCCGCUCGGUCAAUACCGCAGAACAUCGAAGAAUUCGAGCACCUCGUUCUGGGCAGUCUUUUCAGCAUCAACCUAGCCGAGGAGACACGGGCUAAGAACAGCCAUCGGGUUGAUCUUCCUGGAUUGCGACAUGAGCUGUUGGCAGAGGACAAGGCCCUGCGCCUGCACACGGGAAUCCUAGAUCAGGCAAUUUUGGAAGCCGCUUCCCAUGUGGAGAAGCAGCAGCCCCUUGAUUAUCUGCUGCCAUGUUGGAAUCGGAUCCAGGAGAGAAUGAAGAAGCCCGAUCCCGACUCGAGAAAAUGGGAGAUUCUUUGUGAAGCAAAACGCCUGUGCUUGAGCUACUGCGUUUUUGCGAUCACAAUGCCGGAGAUGUUUGGGAUCGAGUCUUCCGAUGAGUCUCCGCUGGCUCGGCAACUUUUGCUGAGCCCAGAUGAUGGCAUGCGGCGAGGCAUCACACCCGAGUUCCUCAAAGAGGUCAGUGGAAAGUUUGAAGACGAUGACAGUCUCAAGCCUGCCCUGAUCUCGGCCGUUGAGGAACUCAGUGGUCAGUUGGCUCUGAAAGAUGCGAAUGGCGAGUUCCAACCUUACUUCACUGCUAUGCGAAGCCUGGUAGAGAACAAGGCCAUCGCCGCGGCUAUUACCGAGUCGUCAAUCUUCAACGCAUCAACAGACCCAGCCUCCUUUGAAAAGGCUACUCUGCUGGGACCGUGGUUCCGACUCUCCCCGCUGCAGCCCAAAGUGACCAUGUCGUACUUUUCCAGCCCCAAGACUCGUGACCAAGGCUUCAUUCUGAACUCACAGAGUUCGCUCCGCAUGAUGCAAAACAUGCUCCAAUGGGAUCUGGAUUACAUUACGACGAAGAUCCUGCAUGCAUCCCCGGAGGCUAAGAAUCGUUUCUUGGACUGGGUGGCCACGGCGUUGAAUCUGAACCAUAAACGACGGGCAAUGCAGGUCAAUCCGGAAGAGGUCGCUUCGGAUGGGUUCAUGUUCAAUCUCACCUCGACGCUGGACAAACUCUGCGUUCCCAUCAUGAACAUCGACUUCCGCAAGAUCCACACGUUUCACGCAGAGUAUUUCCAGCGCAACCCUCGCAUUGACAUGAGGGACGAGACGAAAAUCAAUGCUGAUCAGCAUGCGUCUGAUGCGUUCUACUCCAAAAAGAUGGAGGGCAACUCCAACUUCAACAGCGAGCUCUUCUUUCUCACCAUCGCCGCGCACCAUUAUGGCAGCGAGUCUUUAACUUCAAAACUGGAGCAACUCGACAAGGACUUGCGACACAUGGAAUCGACGAUCGCCCAAUUCGAGACCGAGCGGCAGCGGUGGGUUUCAAAUCCAGUUCAAUUGCGUCUUUAUGAGCAGGCACUCAAGAAGUAUCGCGAUAAACUUGAUUUGGGCCUUGCAUUGAAAUACAGCCUCCAGGCUGUUCUUCUAGAUGAGCAGUGGCAGGUUCGCUCCAUCGAAGUCAUGCGCCAUGUGGCCGUUUGGCUCCUGCGAGUUGCCUCGGGGAAGAACUUCCCACAAGAGAAGAUUACGCUUCCUCUCCCGGAGCAGCAACCGGAGAUAUUCCAGAAUCUGCCCGAGUAUUUCUUAGACGUCAUUAUCAGCAAUUUCAAAUUUGUGACGUGGGCUAUGCCGCAAACCAUCACCGCCGUUCUUGGAGAGGAAUUAGUGAUGCUUUGCAUCACUUUCCUUGAGAGCUCAAGCUACAUCAAGAACCCAUACCUUAAGGCUGGCCUUGUCUCCAUGCUUUUCCGAGGCACUCUGACUCGACCAGGUGGACACCGGGGGGUUCUUGUGGACCUGCUCAACUCUAUGCCCUUUGCCAAUGACUAUCUCCUGCAUGCUAUCAUGAGGUUCUACAUCGAAGCGGAGCACACCGGAGCACACACGCAAUUCUUCGACAAGUUCAACAUUCGCUAUGAAAUCUUCCAGAUCAUCAAAUGUAUCUGGCCCAACACACUGUAUCGCAGGAAGUUAUCCAACCAGGCCACACAAAAUCAGGAUUUCUUUGUCCAGUUUGUCAACCUGCUCCUGAAUGAUGUGACAUAUGUCCUUGACGAGUCCUUUGGGGCCUUUAAGACCAUCCGGAGCAUUCAGGAAGAGCUUCGCCUCGAAGGAGAAUCCAUGGAUCCUGCGGCACGGCAGCAAAAAGAAGAACGCCUGACGUCAACUCAACGGAGUGCCAAGUCCUACAUGCAGUUGACCAAUGAGACCAUGGGUAUGCUGAAGCUCUUCACUGCCGCUCUUGCUGACUCUUUCACAAUGCCGGAGAUUGUUCAACGAUUGGCUGAUAUGCUGAACUACAAUCUCGACGCGAUGGCCGGGCCAAAGAGCUCGCAGUUGAAAGUGGAAGGCAAUGUGCAAUUGAUGGUGGAAAAGUACGGAUUUGAUCCCAAGGUUCUGCUCAGUGACAUUGCCAAGAUCUACAUCAACUUGAUGAACAAGCAAAACUUCAUCACCGCCGUGGCUCGUGACGGACGCUCCUACAAACCGGAGCUUUUCGAGCAAGCCUCUAGCCUCCUACGGCAGCACCAGCUGACCCCCGAGGAAGACCUGCGUCGCUGGGACCGGCUGCGCAAACAGGUCCAGGAAGCUAAGGAGGCUGACGAUCAAGCAGAGGAGGAUCUGGGUGAGAUUCCGGAUGACUUCCUCGACCCUCUCAUGUACACCCUGAUGACAGACCCCGUCAUUCUUCCAAGCUCAAGGCUUUCGAUUGAUCGGUCCACUAUCCGCUCGCAUCUUCUCAGUGAUCCUCAUGACCCCUUCAACCGCAUGCCUUUGAAGAUGGAGGAUGUCGUGCCUGAUACCGAGCUCAAGGCAAAGAUUGAGGCAUUCAAGGCGGAACGCAAGGCCUUGAAAGCACAGGCUGAGCAGAUGGAUACGUCUGCAGACUAG